AUGGUUAUUGACAUCGCGACAGAUGCUGAUUCCAACUUUUAUUUCCCCCCUUCGCUUGCAAAUGACUGUCUUUUAUCCUCGGGUAUCAACGUCGAUCUGGCUGUCGAUUUUAUUGUCGAAUAUAAGAAGUAUAUCUUGUUUUUAACGACGCUGGCAUAUCUGAAGGAUCCUCCUUCGGACUACGCUUACCCCUCGACUGAUAUCCUUGGCGAACUUGACAGUUUGGCAAGCAAGAUUGCUGCAGGUCGCAUCAAGAGUCAAUAUCUUGUUGACCAGGCUCUCAACCAAAUUGUUGCGUCAGCGCACGAAGGUCAUUUAUACGCCUCUUUCUGUUCAUUGCAAGCUAUUUCGUACCUCAGACCCUUCCAGCUGGUGUCGGUGUCUCAGGAUGGCAUCCAACUUCCUGAGCUAUAUGUUCUUAGUGACUUUUUCAGCUCAAAUACCACGGCAAUCAGUAGUGUCGUAGCAAUAAAUGGUCAGAACGCGACAGAAGUCGUCGAGGAAGAGGCUCUGUUUCAAGCAAUGGACCCUGACGCGGCCUAUAAUUUCAUGAUGGCGAGUGUGGGUCGUGUUCCCAAUGCUGGCAACGACAUUGGCGGUUUCCAAGGCAUACAAUAUAACUUCUAUCCUGACGACUAUACCAAUGUCACUUUCAGCAAUGGUACUAUGGUUCCAUUCGAGAACAUCGCAAGCAUUGCACCUGGAAAUUGGAACACCGAGAUUUCGGACGGAGAUCAAUUUACAGCCGCUUUCUGUGUCAUUCCUGCCCUGCCUCCUUCCACCACCACAACUCCGUCAUCCAAUGCAACGGCUACGUCAAGCGCUUCGUCUUCAGCAACAGCUACAGCAACUCCGACUACGUUCCCAGACUUAUUCCCCUACACCCCAGUCGUUCGUGAUCCCAACAAUCAAGUUGCUGGCUACUUCAUGAAUGGAAGCGACUAUGCCGAUACCGCCGUUCUUUGGAUCGCGACUUUUGAACAACAGAGUGCAGAGUACGCAGAUCCUGACACAAUUGCGACCUCAUUCCAGAACACGACUCGCGAUUUCUUCGCAGCCCUCAGAGCUUCUCCUAAUCGAACCAAAUUGAUUAUUGAUCUUAGUGGGAAUCCCGGAGGCAAUACACUUCUUCCCGAUGAUACUUUCCGACGCCUCUUCCCUUCCAUCGAGCCUUACGGUGUGUCACGUUUUCGCGUUCCUGUCGCUGGUGAUAUCUGGGGUCAGACGCUUGAAGCUCUUCCAGAAGAUAUUGUCAACAUCACUCCUGAGGAAGUCGCAGACGGAAACUAUACUGAGGCACAAGUGGUUUACUUCACCUCCAGCUGGAACUACAGGCAAGCUCUGACGACAGACUUGAACAACUUCACUGGCUGGAGCGGUGCUUCAGGUCUUUUCCCACCCAACGUCGAGAAAGGAGACAACUUCACAGCUAAUCAUCGCUUGCCGCUUAACGAGACUUUGUACGAUUUUGCUAUCGACAUGAUCAACGUCUAUGGCUACCCUGGCCAAUACUCUCAAGAGUUUCCUCAACCAUUCCCUGCCGAGAACAUUGUCAUUCUGACUGAUGGCUAUUGCGCAUCUGCCUGUUCAAUUUUCACGGAAUUCAUGACCCGCCAAGCAGGUGUCAAGACUAUUGCAGUUGGUGGCCGCCCUCAGAACGCACCAAUGCAAGCUAUUGGCGGUACCAAAGGCGCCCUCGCUCAACCUUUCGCUUCAAUUCAACAGAUGUCCCAAGCCUUUUGGAACGCAUCAGAUUAUAUUCCUACUGACCUUCUCGAGACUGCCAACGAGACUUUCCCUGGUCUCAACCCACUCCCACUGGGAGCCAAUGACGCCACUGCCCUCAAGGGUUACAGCAUCAACGCUGCGGACAACAUCCCUGUUGGGGAUGACCUUCAGAUCCCACUGCAGUUUGUGUUUGAGCCUGCAAAUUGCAGAAUAUUCUACACUCCAGAGACGGUUCUGAGCGAGAGCGCUUUGUGGGAGAUGGCGGCCGAUAUUGCCUGGAAGGGCGGCAAGUGUGCUUGGGGUGGAAUGAAUACAGAUGUUAGUAAUAACGGUACCGGUGUGGGCAAUUCCACGAGCCCUGGCGAGGUUUCGAACGGUGCUGGGGCGAAGUCGGUGAUGGGAUCUGCUGCUGUCGUUGGCUUGGCUGGUGCUGUGGCAAUGAUGCUGCUGUAAUGUUACG